CAUUGGUUUUAGUUUUUAGUUGCAGCGUACACGUGUUGAGUCGAACUUUUCGUGAGUGCUGGUGACCAGUUGGGGUUUCGAUCUAGUUUAUUUUAGUAGUUUUAGUUUAAUUUCACUAGUUUAAAGACAAAAGUGGAUGAAAAGUAUUCAGAACACAUUUUAUAUUCUGAUGCGUUUAUUUCGGAAGUUAUUUUCCUUAAGAAAAUCUGAAAAUACUUAAUAAAAUCUCAAAACAUGCGCAAAAAGAUGUUACUUUUGUGGAAAACGAUGAGGAAACACGGUAGACACGUUUUAUAUACAGUGGUUUUUGUUUAUACUGUUUACGUAAUGUUGUUUUAUGCUAUUUUGGAACGAUUUAAUGCCGAAGACAACGAAAUAUCAGACAAAGUAUUCAUUAAAGAAAAAUACAUCAUAGAUACUCCAGGUUGUAGAAUUGAACACAUAGAUGCCUUCAAUCCAGAAAUCAAAAAACUGUUGUACAAAAUAGAUCCCAUUACAUGCAGUGAUAAACCCUUGUUAACUUACAUAUCAAGGGUUGAGAAUAAAGUUAGUUUAAAUAUAAAUAAAACUGCAGCUAAUAUAUAUUAUAUUUUAUUUAAUAUAUUUAAUAUUAAGUGUUUCUACCAAGAAGUUACGAGAAAUCCUAUUGGUCCAACUCCAGAUGAUAAUCUCAAUUUUUCAGACUAUAAAUACUUCAGAGAUUCCGUCCAAAUACAAUCCGAAGUAGUUAAAGUAGAAUGCUUCAACAUAUUCUACAAAGUAUACGAAAACGUCCAUGCCAUCUUCAGGCAACCAGCGCAAACCAUCCAAAACGUCGACAAGCCAAAUGUAAUCCUUCUUGGAAUCGACAGCAUUUCAAUGUCAAAUUUAAUAAGAACGAUGCCAAAAACUUACGAGUUGCUAGAAACUACCAAAUGGAUACGAUUGACAGCAUACAAUAAAGUGGAGGACAAUACAUUUCCUAACCUCAUAGCCGUUUUGGCAGGAGUUAAAUUUUCAUAUCAUGAGAACCUUCCGGAAAAUGCUAUCUGCAAUCCUUAUGAUACGAAGUCGUUGAACAACUGUAAUUUCUUAUGGAAUGUUUACAAAGAAAACAAUUAUAGCACUGUGUAUGCAGAGGAUACGCCAGAACAAGGUACAUUCAACAGUAACAAGGCCGGAUUUGUAUCAUCUCCAACCGACUACUACCUACGUCCUUACUUUUUAACUGUCGAUACAUUGACCCCAAAGUUCUUGUGUCUAAAGUCUUACUGUACUGGUCCAGAAAAAACUGGAGUUAGAAUGCAAAAUCUUGUUAUUGACUUUAUUGAAGCUAUAAAAGGAAAAACACCAGGAUUCGGUCUAUUCUGGAUGAACACGUUCAGUCACGAGAACGUUAACUGUCCAUCUUCUAUGGAUGAUGAUUUUGAGCUUUAUUUUAAAAAGCUGGCUGCUAAAGGACAUAUGGACGAUUCAAUUAUAAUCUUUUUUAGUGAUCACGGUUUUAGAUUUGGUAAAAUAAGACUGACCCCUACUGGUUGGCUUGAAGAAAGGCUUCCAUUCAUGUACAUUUGGGUACCGGAACGUUUUAGGAUGGCGCAUGCAGAAAGUUAUCAAAUCCUUGCAGAAAACUCCAAACAACUAACAUCUCCAUACGACAUCUACAUGACUCUCCAAGACCUGCUAUCUUUUUCCAAUCCAAAUUUUACUCCACAGCCUGCUAAAGGCUGCAGUACGUGUCAUUCUUUAUUCAAGCCAGUAUCUCCAGAAAGGACUUGCAAGGAAGCCGGAAUCCCGGAACAUUACUGCACUUGUUCUCGAUACGAAAAGAUCAGUAAAGAUCUUCCAAUGUCUCAAAAAAUUAGUGAAUUUUUCGUAGAACAUUUGAACAAGAUAAUUAGAUCCUACGGAUCUGUUUCAAAAGGCUGUGCGACGUAUUCUCUAGAAAAAAUUUCCCAUGUCAAGUAUUUACAAAUGAAACCAGGAGUAGAAGAAAACUAUUUGAUUGGUAUAAUCACCAAUCCAGAGGCCAACUUUGAAGCAACGGUAAAAGUGUCCUACCAAAAUAACAAAGUGAACAUGUCACUCAAAGAGAUUAAUAGACUGGACAGGUAUGCUCCAACCUCAUACUGUGCUGUAGGUUCACCUGUUCAAAUGUAUUGUUACUGUAAAACUACGCUUAAAAGAAUGAGUAAUAUAUUUUGUAAUAAUAAAUAUUGUUUUUUAUGAUAUAAAA